UUGUUCACUCUUUCCCGCUCUACUGUCUUGCUAUCCCCGCUUCAGUGUUCCGCCAACUCGCACGUGUUCUCUUGCCUCGACGCGCAUUAAAAAGUUUUUUGAACAUUUCGAGUAAAAAUGGGAAAGCGCACGCGCUCGAACACCGAUGAUUACGAAGAAAUUGCAAGAAAGGUCAAAAAACUGAACCGUAAAUUGAUGCGCGCCCGGCACCAGCAGAAGGAUCGACGAAGAAACCUUUCAUCAUCGUUGUCAGGAUCGGACGCAUCAUCUUCCUCUUCGAGUUCAAGUGCCAGUUCCGCGUCACCUCGAUCAAGGUCACGCGCACGCCUGUCUCCACCACCGAUACAGGAGCCGUUAUGCAUUGAAGACGUGCCAAGAUAUGGAAUUGAAGAGGGCGUGCCCAUGGCGUCAACCAGCGCCGCUGCCGCCACCGUGGACGUCGAAACUCGACCAACAGUGACUGCCGCUGUGGAUACACUGCCCACGACGAGUAAGGCAGGUAGUUUGCCUUCCGAGCCUAGCAUUGAACAGGAAUUGGAUGAGGAUCUCCUUAAAAUAUUAGGGGUUGACCCGUCUCAACAGAGAUUAUACGGUAAAGAUAUACAACCAGACCUUGCGAUUCGGUUACAACACGUAGCUACAUCGGGGCUCAGUAAAGAAACCCGCAAGGAACUUACCGACAGAUAUUUGCUUCCUGGUAAUUGCACCCUCGUGGACGCUCCUGCGCUUAACCCAGAGAUUAAGGCUGCCAUACCCGAGGCGGUCUUCAAAAGAGACAAAGCGAUUGAACUUAAACAAAAACAGUUGUCUUCAGUGGCAUCCUGUCUAGGCGAAGCAAUAUCAACGCUCAUGUCGCAACCAAUAAGAGACACUGCUCUCAUUCAAACCUUAAUGGAUGGGUCUAAAUUAUUGUGCGAUGCUCAACAUGCAGAUUCCUUAACGCGUAGAAACUUUAUUCUAAAUAAUCUAAAAAAGGAACUCAAAGAUCAACUUGCAGCUACCAAGAUCGACAAACUGCUGUUUAGCGAAGAGUUGUCCAAUACUUUAAAAACAGCUAAGGCGAUUUCUCAAUCUAGUGCUGACAUGAAGCCACAGACAACCAACAAAAACCCUGUCAAAAGGUCUCAAAAACCAGUGAAGAAUUAUUUAAACUGGCGAGCUCCUCCUCCAAAUCAAGCCAGGCCGAGGGGGAGCCAGAGGACAAAGGAGCCUGUCAGGAAUCGCCAAGAAAACUCCUCAAAGCGGUCGUCGAAUCCAGCGUCAACUCGCAGUCGCCGCCGCUAGACACGGUAAAGUACGCAGGUCGGUUAAUGAACUUUAGUCGACAGUGGGCACUUAUAACCCAAGAUCAUAACAUUUUAUCAUGGGUUUUUGAAGGAUAUAAAAUUCCAUU